AUGAAUCAUAAUAGAUAAUUUUAAAGUUUAAGAAGUGUUCCAGAUGUGCAGGAAACUGAUGAAACAGAAGAUCGAAUAUUUUAUUAGAUGGUAGGGACAACGCAAGAAGAAUCUCAUAUUAUCACAAAUAGUGACCGCACGGCUAUUGAGGAGUGGAUGAAGUUACAAUAAAGCUUAAAGGAAGAGUAAUACAAAAUGAGAUAGGAGGAUGAACUUAAAAACAAAUUGUUGGAUGAAUUAAAACAUGAAAGCAAGAAUUAUUACUAAACCUACAUCAACGUAUUGGUCGAGAGCAAUAUGAAUCAAGAGCAAAAGACAUUGGAGGAAUCUACAUCUAGAUUAUUUAGAAAUGCAGAAACCAAUGUGAAGUUGAUAUUUGAAAAAUUGUCGAAUACAAAAGUAUGUUCUGCAAUAUUCCAACAUCACAACAAUACAAAUCGGACUACAGAUAUUGAGACUCUUAUACGAACAUUCAUAAAUAGUAUCUAUGAUAACAUUGCAUGUGGAUCUAUGUGGAAAUAACCAAUUUUGAAAUUGAUGAGUGAAAUAAUUACAACAGAAGUCAAUCGAUAAGAAUUUCCUGAAUUUUUGUGGGAUCGUGAAGAAACAUUAACCCAAUUUAUUAUGAAAGAAUUUGCAAAACGACCUGAAAAUGUCAAAUACACUAAAGUGAUAUUUAAAAACUCUUUGAUUCAAAUUACUAAAGUCGAUAAAUUUUUGGAUUUAGACAAAAGGAAAAUUGCAGAAAAAUUGAGAGAUAUAAAAAAGGAAUAAGAUAAAAAAUAGAAAGAUGAGAAACAAUCAAUGACAUCAUCUGCUUUUAUCGUUAAGCAAGUCCCCAUCAUGCAAAAUUCCUCACAUAAAUCAAUACCUUAAAGACAAAUACCCAUUAUCUUGCCAAUUAAAAAUAUAGAAGUACCCUAAUAAAAUAUGACAGUCUAUUAUGCUAAUUUAAUAAAAUAAUAUGAUCAAUCAAAGAAAGCCAAUACCAAACAUUCCAGAAGAAAUUAAAACCAAUUAACUGAAUUUUCAUUAAAAGUUCUUUAAUUUGGAGAAGAAUAAAGGUAGGCCAAAUUCUUAACCAUGGAAAGACGAAGCAUUCCACCUAUUUAAGAAUCUCAUUCAGAAUCACCCAUUCGAAAAUUAUCAGAAGUUUAUAGCCAUAAUAGUAGAUCUGAUCAAUAUAUGAAUAAUGAAAUUAAUAGUGUGUUGAUAGCAUGCAUAGAUAAAUUUAAACAGCUGGUAAACAAUAUCAUGGAGAACAUUUUUAAGAAUAUAUACUUAAUACCUCAAGGCAUUCGUAUUAUUUGUAAAAUGAUUCAAAUCACAAUCUUAAAAAAGUUUCCAGAUGCCACUGAAUAGCAAAUAUAAGAGAAUAUCUUUAGUUUCUUAUUUAAUGUUUGGUUGAUACCUUAAUUGGUAUUCCCAAAACAAUAUUCCUCUUUUAAAUAUAUACGUGAAGAUCAUGAAAACACUGUUUAAUAAAUUCAUACCAUCAUUAAAAAAAUGAUUAAGAACCAGAAAUACAAUGAUGAUCCUUAAUACAAUAGAUUAAAUUAGUAUAUGUAAGAUUUGUAACCCUCUCUUAAAGAUUAUCUUCAAGAAAUCUUGAAUUUGUGUCCUGAUUCUGUUAGUGCUAUAAUUAAUGAUACUAAUAAAAUAGAUGGAAUACAAUCUAAUUGUGUUUGCAUAGCUUUGGAUGAGAUUAAAGUUCUUUGCUUAUUAUUAUAGGAUAUGAAAACAUUCAAAACUGAGUCUGCAGAUCUUCAAAAGGUCAUUAAUUAGCUUGUUAUUUUGGCAACAAGAACCUUGGAAAUAGAUAAGCAUGAAAACAUAUUCAGAUAACAAUCUAAUUUAUAGACUUAAUAGUAAAUAUAUGCACUAAUCUUAAAUUUUUCUAUUCCAAAUAACAUCGUCUAUUAAGAAUAGGUACAGCCUUUGAAGAAGAUGAAAGAUGAAAAAUUGAGAAAUUAAAGGAAACUUAUUAAUGCCUUGAUGAAAUGCUUGAUCGAAAUUCAAGAUUUGGCUACUUCCACAUCUGGAAAUUAAGAAGAAACCAGUCUCAAAAGGGUUCUUACUAAUUUUGUUGAUAAAUACACCUAUUUGGAUGACAAAAAGACUGUAUUCUAAAUUAAAUACGUAUUGGAACAACUAAAACUAUUAAACAAAGAGGAUUUGCAAAGCAAUUUAAGAAAUAUUUAUUAAAUUUUGAAUUAGGAAUUUUAAGAACGUUCAAUGAUAUUGACUGAACACAUUCAAUAAACUAAAUAUCAAUUAUUGAGUGCGAAGUAUAAUAUUAAGAAAAAUUAUGAAGUGAUGAGAGAGUCUUUUGAAUAAUUAAGCUAAGAAAAAAGAUAAAAAUAAUUAUAUGAUUUCAUUGAAAAAACACCCCUAACAUUAUGUGUCACAUCUCCAAAAACAAGAGAAGGCUUAUUUUCUAUUAAAGCCAUGAAACUCAGAAAUAAUAAUAAUAAUGAAUCCUUAGAUGAAAAUUAAAUUUGGGUUGAACAAUAGAGCGAAUGCAUUCACAACGCUAUUAAUCUAGAAUUCAUAAAACAGAUUGUAGGAGGAGCCAGUCCCAACGACUAGAAGAAAAACUCUGAAUUUUCAAAUUCUCAUUGUUCUGAUAUCAAAUAAUUUAUUGAAAACUUUUCAUCACUUUAAGAAGUCAAAGAUGCUGUCAUUUCUGGAGAGGAUAAGGCUGGUGUGAAGAAUGCCUACUUUGAAUUUAUUUAAGCCUUAGCUACUUUUUUGAAAGGAAAGAACGAAAUGAAAAUAGAUGAAAUCUAAAUGAUGGAUAUGCUGGAAAAGUAUGUCAGCAAACGUGUUUAUGAUAAAGUCUAUCCAAAGGAGAGAACAUACAAAGAUGCUGGUCUUUACUUUAGAAUUAAAUCUUUGGAGUGGGUCAACUAUGACCAUUUAGAAAUAAUUAAAUAAAAUAGAGUUGAUGAAAUGUGGGAUUUAGCAGUAGAAGCAUUAUUGAACAUCGAUAAUUGCAAGACAGCUGUUAAUAAAUUAGAAGCCAUGAUCUAAUGUUCAAAAAUCAUGAAUGAUGUUCUCAAAUUAACUUCAUUAAAAGAGGAAGCUACAUCUGCAGAUACUGUGUUACCCAUUCUUAUUUACAUUCUUAUUAAAGCUGCUCCACAAAGAUUGCAUAGCAACUUAAACUUUGUCUCAUUAUUCUUAGACAAAAGCAAAACUGUGAGUCAGCAAGGCUAUUGUUUGACCUAAUUAUAAUUGGCAAUACAAUGGUUGGAAGAAGUGGAUCAUAAACUAUUGAAAAUGGAUUAGUUGAACUUUCUUGAAACAAUAACAAAAGCAGAAAUUAGAUAUGGUAUCCAUUAUUUAAAGAGAAGAAAUAGAUCAGAGAGAAUUUCAAUGCCUCUAAACAAAAUUUAAGCACUUAUCAAUUGA